ACAAUUUAACAAGCCCAGGUGGUAGUAAAACCGCCGGCAUUGCCGGUGAUAUCAGCCACACCUCGCAACGAUUUUGCACCCCUGAGUUGUCUGACAACAAGUGACCAAAAACCCCUUCACCGCGAGCCAAUUCAACUCCUGUGUCUCUGAGGGUUUUAGAGUGGACGAUUGGCACUCGAUAUGGAGAUUAAAGGACGUGUGGCACUGAUAACGGGGGCUGCCUCGGGCAUCGGCAGGACUUAUGUCGAGGAGCUACUUAAUCAUGGGGCUAAGGUCUCGAUAUGUGAUAUAAAUGCCGAGGAGGGAGAGAAAUUGGCAAACAGCCUGAUGACAAAGCAUGGAAAGGAUAAGGUGAUUUUUUGCCAAUGCGAUGUCACUGAUUAUCCGCAAUUCGAAGAGUCAUUCAGGACGACUAUUUCAACGUUCGGUCAUAUUGAUAUCGUUAUCAACAACGCUGGGAUAAUGAAUGACAGAUUCUGGGAGCUCGAAGUUGACAUUAAUCUUAACGGCGUUAUCAGAGGUACUCUCCUCGCACAACGCUACCUCGGGAUUGAUAAGGGGGGGAGAGGGGGUGUUGUCGUGAACACUGGAAGCAAUGUGAGUUUAAAUCCAUACAUCAGUGUGCCAAUUUAUUCUGCGACGAAAGCUGCCAUCGUCAGUCUCACGAGGGCCUUCGGCGACAAGUAUCACGUGGACUUGACAGGCGUCAGUGUGAUGGCACUGUGUCCAAGUGCAACGACUGAUAGUAAUUUAAUUCGUGAUGUUGGGAAACAAUUAUUACUACCUCGUUAUGAGGAUGCAUGGCGUCGGGAUACUGCCUCGAAUGUGCCACAAAAAGCUGACCACGUGGGAAAGGCACUAAUCCAAGUCCUGAAUGUUGGAAAAAGUGGCAGCGUAUGGCUAGUAGAAAACAGUCAACCAGCCCGAGAAGUAAUUUUUCCAAAAUGAAAAACAUGAAAAAUUCAUUAAAUUAAAAUAAUACUUCAAUUGAUUAACAAUGAUAACACUGAUUGGUAAAACGUCCAAGUGACAUUCCUCGCUUUUUUACCUGCUGAAUGAAAUUUUAUGCCGUACCAAAUUUAUGAAGUUUUUAUACCGUAUCUAAAAUACAUUAAAAAAUAGGGAAGUAUGGGGAAAUAAUAUCAUCAAGAGAAAUUUUCAAAUUUUCGUGUAUUCCAUAGAAACAAGUACCAUCUAAGAAUCCGCCCAGGUAUCAUUUAAUAUUCGUCUCAUGGCAGCUUUUUCUGGAGAAUAUUCGAGGGGUUGCUCACUCCAUGACGUCGAAAUGAAGUCAAUUUCGCGUGAUUAGAUAGGAUUUUAACCCAUUCCAGUGCCAAGAUCACGGAACGUAUCGGUGUGAAGAGAGUGGGGAACGCCCUGGGUGUCAAUGCGCCACUAGGUACGCGUGGUGGCGCACGCACACCACUACAAUAUGGAGAGAAGUGGGGAAAACGGUUGACACCCGAAUGGGAUCACGUCUGAAAAUAUUCCAUAGGAAAACCUAGCAAAUUUGCUAUACAAUUCUAUUGGAUUUCCAUUAAAUUUUUUAUUAAUU